GUGCUGAGUGGAUCUCCCCUAAAGGAAGAAGAAGGAUCAGCACAGAUCAGCGGACAGUUAAAAAAAAUGUUUGCACUGAUUUUAAUUACCGGUGUAACUCUGGUCUGAUAGGUACAGAAAUAUUUAUUUGUUAAUUUCUUUUUCCUGGGGGUUCGUUUGUGAGGAUGGUGCAGCUGCACGUGAAACGCGGACAAGAAAGCCAGUUUCUUUUCAAUACCACUGCGCAGGCGCCUCUGGAAACCGUCAUCCAGCAAAUUACUGCCAUUUACAAUGGAAGACUGAAGGUGGAGAGACUAUGUUCAGAGAUCUCAGAGCUUGCAGAUCAUGGCAUCAUGCUGCCACCCAACAUGCAGGAACUGACAGUGGAGCAGAUUGAGGAGCUGAACCUGAGGGAUGAAUGGGAAGACCAGUGCAUGCCCAGUGGAGGGGCAGUAUUCAAAAAGGAUGAGAUUGGGAGAAGAAAUGGACAUGCUCCUAAUGAUAAGAUGAAGGAGGUGUUGAUGAAGACAGUGGAGGAAGCUAAAGCACUCAUCUCAAAUAAGCAAAUUCCCGCUAACGUGUGUGUCACCAUGGAGAUGGUAAAGGAAGCACUGGAUCAGCUGAGGGGUGCAGUCACCAUUGUGUACCCCAUGGGCUUACCUCCUUAUGACCCCAUAAGGAUGGAGUUUGAGGACCUAGAAGAUCUGUCAGGGACUCAGGCAUCUCAGCAGGUUAUCACCAAGGAUGAAUGCCAGCUGUGGUGGGCUGCCAAAGAGUUACAAAGAGGGAAAAAACUGCAGGAUUACAUCGGCAAAAAUGAAAAGACAAAGCUUGUGGUCAAAGUCCAAAAGAAAGGACAUGGGCCACCAGCUAGAGAACCUUUAGUCACGAACGAGCAGCAGAAAGAGAUGAUGAAGCAUUACUACAGAAGGCAGGAAGAACUUAAGAAACUAGAAGAAGCGAAUGAUGACAGCCACCUGGACUCAGAGUGGGCAGACAGACAAGCGCUCAAGCGGCAGUUUCAAGGCCUCACUAAUAUCAAAUGGGGGCCAAGAUGACGCCCACAGCUACAGUAUUGUGACCCAAUUUCAACAGCUUUGGAUGCAGCUGGGUAUUGUGCCUUAUUGUGGUUAGAAAUCUGUUUCAUUUUGCUGUUAUUUGUGGUGAAAUUGAUUUAUUUCCUUCUCAUCUAUCUUGUUGCAGAAUGACAUUUUUACUAUGUGUAAUAAAUAAAUAAAUAGAUUCUAAUGUA